GAUAAUGACGAGUUUAUAGAAGUAAGCAAAACGUACGUAAAUCUUAUAAGAAAUAUUAUAUGAAUGAAAUUUUUAUAAACUUCUACUUUAUCAAGAUUAGGGUUUUCUUCUUCGUGCAGUUCAUCCUUCCUUCUCGAGAAAACAAAAAAAAAAUGUCCUGUGAAGACAGGAUCAGUGCGUUGCAUGACGAUUUGCUGCUGAAGAUAUUGUCUGAAAUCCCAACAAAAGAUGUAGUGACCACCAUGGUUUUGUCCAAACGAUGGGGUUUGGUCUGGACGAUGGUGCCUAAACUCGAGUAUAAGGAUACAAGGAAAGAAGGGGAUAAGAGCGUUUGGUGCUUGCUUGACAAGUCUUUGCAACUCCACAAAGCAACUGUACUAGAAAGCUUGCAUAUCCAAGUUGAACGUCAGUUUUGCGACGAUGCAGAUGUAGGAAAGUGCGUCUCAUGCGCUGUUGAUCACAAAGUUCGAGAGCUAGCUCUUAUCUUACCAUCUCAACCAAAGAUCCUACAGCUACCAUCGAACGUUUACACCUCAAAAACGCUAGUGAAACUGACUCUAUCAUGUAGGACUCUCGUAGUGGAUGUUCCUUCCCUACCUUGCCUUCCUUCGCUUCUGACGCUGGUCCUUCUCAAUGUUGUGUAUAAAGAUCAAAACUCUCAUGUCAGACUUCUAUCAAAUUGCCCUGCGCUCAGACAUUUGGAAGUGCAGCGAAACAAGAGUGACAAUGUGACAAAGUUCAUUGUGAAAGUUCCUUCUUUAAAGAGUUUUACAUACAUGCAAAUUGACGAAAGAGCUGCUAGGUCCUUCGUUUUAGACUCCCCUGGAUUACGAUGCCUUACUUUAGGUGAUCCGUAUGGAGACUUAGACUCGAUCCAGAAUAUGCCUCACCUUGAAUGGGCUACUGUUUGUCACUUUCUUCCUUACCCGAAUGACAACAAGUUUCUGAGAUCUUUUUCCUCUGUCAGGAUUCUCUGGUUGACUUUAACGGAGGUAAGCAUUCGAAAAUCCUUCUUCAAUGACUUAGACUGUUCGUUGGAACCACUUCUCAUUUUCCUUCAUAACUCUCCUGUACUAAAAGUUCUUAUGAUCAACUAUGCUGUGGCUAUACGCUUUCAGGAUCUCCCAAUUUCGUGGAACAAACCAAGUUCUGUACCGGUAUGUUUGUUGUCCCAUCUCGAGAUCUUUGUAUGGACCGAGUUUGGAGGAAAAAGACAAGAGAGAGAAUUCGUGGCGUACAUCCUUGCAAACUCAAAGUGUUUAAAGACGGUGAGAACGUCUCCUAGUUACUAUCUCAAGAAGAAAGAGAAAGAGAAGAAGAUGGAGGAGUUUAAAUCAAUGUAUAGGGUUUCAGCAUCAUCUCAGCUUCUGCUCUGUACUAAACAAGAUAUGUGGAUAUAAAUUAAGAAUGAACGAUUAAGAAGAAGAGGGACAAGGUUCGUUAUGUUAUUUUUUUCUUAGAUCGCAUUCUAAAAAUUAUGCAAGAACAACCAUUUAACAAAUAAUGUUUUUCACGAGACCUUUUUUGGUAUGAACAGUUUACUUAUUUGAAUGAUUUUAUAGUUCAUGACUUCAUGCUAAAUUUGAUAGAUUCAUAUAUUUGUCUUGGUCUUUUGCCAUUUUUCUAUUGUAUAUAUGACCCUUACCAAGCAAAUGUUGUACGCAAAUAUUGUUUGAGAUUAAGAAGAAAUGUUUUGUAUGCAUCUUUACCUGAUAUGGAUUCUUAUCAGAGAUUAAUCAAAAAGUUGCAACCAAAAGGUGACAAUGCUAAUGACACAUGAUCCCUACUUUUGUUAUGUAGGGACAAUAAUCCUUGGUGCUGGCACAUCAUCUGUCUGCAGACUCUUUCUUAGAUGAAGAAGCUUUAUUGAUCACCCCCUUUAACAUUCUGUUUCGUGAUUUGUAACUAUGUUUCUUCACGCAUUUUCUCAAAGAAUAAUUGAUAAUGCUAUUCUUUCUUGGUUUGAACCCUUUUUAAGAUGAAACUAAAGGAUAUUGUUAGUCGUAAACUUUGUUGUUUGUUCAUGUGUGGUAUUUUCAGGGUGUUUUCAUGUAAAGAGCGUGAAAAAAAUCCACCAAGAACCAGUUUAGUUUUUCAAAUUACUUGAUUAAGUUAACCGGAUAACUAACGAAAAUCUACAAGAAUUUAUAAGACGAGACAAAGUUGUUAGUAAUUAGUCUAACUUGUAUAAAUCCAUCGCUUUAGAAUUAAUAUUUAGAUCCUGGUUAAAGUUGUGUGAUGAGAUCAUACGGCUAUAGAUUAGAUCGUCAUGUUCCAGUCAAUUUGGUUAGAAAUAGUUGUAGUUGUACUUGAUUAUAUCCUGGUCUAAUUUAGAUCCUGGUCUACCAAACAAAUAAAACAAGAACAAGUUUUUUGGUUUUCUUCAGAGUAGAUUAGAGAUUGACGAUUCCCACAAAAAAAAAAACUCAAAAACGAUUUCAGCUAGUUGAAAGUUAGCACUAAUAGUACUAAACGAAAAAGAAAAAAAAAAGAUUUGUCAAUUGAUUGUUGAUAAGCACAUGUUCGUACUAUCAACAAGAUCGACCCAUGUGAAAGUUUCUUCUUUAAAUAGUUUUACAUACAGUAAAGUUAACAUUGGUACGUUGUCAUUGGUUUCAGACUCCCCUGGAUUACGAAUUUGAUCCAUUCCAGAACAUGCCUCACCUUAAGAUGGCUUAUGUUUCUCAAUUUGUUCCUCACCUGAAUGACGACAAGUAUCUGAGAUUUUUUCUUCUGUCAGGAUUCUCCAUUUGAGUUUGGACAACGUAACCAUUUUGAAUAUCCGUCUUCUUCCUAUUGUGAUUAUCUUUUUUGCUGUUUUAUACUUAUGUUGUUCAAUUAAUAUUUCAUUCAACUGCAGGUUCCAUGUUUUAGCGCCACUAAUUUCCCUCGGCUCAUGAAGUUUACGCUGCAUCUUCGUUGCUUAGAUGAUUACUUUUCGUUGGAACCACUUAUGAUUUUCCUUCGUAACUCACCUAUACUAAAAUUUCUUAGGAUCGACUAUGUAUAUACAACUUCCUCCCUUGUCCCUCAAACAUUUAAAGUAAAAUUAGUUUACUAUUCUUCCUUGGUGAUUUUCAGGAUGUGGCUCUUGGCUGCAAGGAUCUCCCACUUUCGUGGAACCAACAAAGUUCUGUACCAGGAUGCUUGUUGUCCCAUCUUGAGAUCUUUGUGUGGGAAAGUUUUGGAGGAAAAGAAGACAAGAGAGAGAAUGUGUGGCAAACUCAAAGUGUUUUAAAGACUGCGAGAAUCUCUCCGAUAUGUUACUACAAUCUCGAGAAGGAAGAAAAGAUAGUUGGAGGACAUAAAAUCUAUGUAUAGAGUUUCAGCAUCAUCUCAGCUGAUAACCCAUUAAGGGCAACAACUUAAAGAAAUUAUAUAUAUUCCUCCUCUGGACCUUUUGGUAUGAACACUUAAAUGUGAAUAGCUUUAGUUCUCUAAAGUGCUAAAUACUAGCUUCAUAUGUUUGUUCAUAGUCUUUUGAGAUUAAGACGAAAUGAUUUCUUUGCUUCUUUACCUUACAAAUGAUCCUUGCUUUUGUUGUGUAGGGAGAUUAAUCUUUGGUUCUGAAAUGAAGACAUAUCUUUCUUCAACUAUCAUUCAUGCAUACCCUGUGGAUUUAUCAUCAAAAAUCCAUGAUGCUAGAAAAGAGAUGCAGAAGCUUCGUUGAUUCUGGUUUUAACAUUGUUUGUCAUAACUUGGAAUCAUGCACUUACUCAAAAGAGUGAUUGAUAGUGUUAUUUGUUCUAGUUUGAACCUUGUACAGUAAAGCUAGGAGCAUCAACAUUCAUAUAGUCUCUAACCAAAAUUUAUCAUAAUAUAAUUUUGAUAUAUGUAAUAUUACAAUUAAAUUUUUAAUAAAGAAAAAAAUAAACUAGUAACAAGAUGACAAAUUUCAUAUGAGUCCUUCAAAUAUUUUUUGAGUCUAUAGAAAAUGACCGAUCUCAUUUCUCAUCAUUUUUUUUUUCAUAUUUUGUAUAUAUUUCAUUAAUUUUAAGAGAUUCUCUUAUCGAUCAUGAAUGGAGAUGCCCUGACUGUUCUUUAUCUGGUUCUAUUCUAUAUCAACUAUGUUUUGCUAUGUGUGGAUUCUUUCAUGGAUCAGUAAACAACAAAUAUAUCAAGAGAUAAUGAAUAAUCCCAAUUAUUUUCUUCUCUUUUUUUGUGGAUAAAGAUGUAUUUCUAUUUUGGAUAAUGACGAGUUUAUAGAAGUAAGCAAAACGUAAAUAAAUGUUUUAAGAAA